UAGUAGCUGGUUGUCAUGAAAACUGGACACUGUAUAACUGCUUAUAUCGCCGUUUUCGGGGAUGUUUGUCCACCAGGAGAGAGCUCGCUGCGAGUGUCUUCGCCCGCCUCGCACUCUGGUUCUCUCCUGCUUUUUCCAGUCGGUUCCACACGUCUCUCGCGGCAAAACUGCGCACCCUCCGGUUAGCUCUUCCUGGCCCGUCUUGAUCAGACGAUGACGCGGAAAACGGGUAGCUUUUUCGCUAGAUCCACUUCUGCGUUCCGUCAUUGUUGUGACUGACCGUCCGAGACAGUCUUCGCCGCAGCCGACAACGGAAAUCCACCAACCAGAACGAGGAGAAUCUCAUCCCAGCGGACAGGAGAGGCCGGGAACGCUGAAAGGCUGAAAAUUGUUCUUUACCCUCCUUCAUUGUUCAGUUUCCCGUGUGUACGCGGCUUCCCAGUUCUUUUACGUGGGAAUGGGGACGCUAGACUAACCGAUACUCUAGCGGUUUUUUCACAGGUCUCACCGAGCUAUUCUUUUCGACCCAGGAUCCACCGGCUUCCUGACAUAGGCCUUUGGUUCUUUCGGGAUUGCGUCUUCGUCCCGGUCCACUCUCGCGGCCAGGUCUGGGCUCACGCAGGCAGUGCUGCAGUGUGCCAGGCUUGUGAACACAGAACACACCCUUUUUGUCCUGUUCAUUUGCGGCGCAUACCUACGCAACACAGAGCCCGUCUAGUUGUUGCGCACCGGCAAAGUGAAAAGUGUGAGCGCACUGCGUAACAGUCUUCUGGAAUUCCCUCCGUGCCAUGCCAGCAUCUUCCAUGGGAAUGUGGAUGCACUCUAGUUUCCGCCGUCUCCCCCUCCCCCGUGAUUUCGCAAGACUGGCGAAAGCCGUUCUUCCUCCUUUCCUCAACGGCUUAUCCCUCUAUAUCCUGUAUUUCCUCACAUAGUCGUCCCCUUUUCCUCGACUUCCCUACGUGUCUCGACAGAUUUACCCGCACACGGCUUCUGCAGCUGAGUCACCUGUGUUUUUGCCAGACUGUCCGGCGUUCCCCUUCCUGUCCCCAGCUAUGCAGCUGCUGUUCGGUCGCACCGCAUGGAACAGCGGUGGCUGCCUCUGUGUGGACGUUGUCUUCUGUACUCUGUCAGGCGUGUCUGGCAAAUUCUCCGUGCUCGUAAGAAGGGUGUAGCAACGGCUGCAUGCUCAGUGUACCAGUUUAGGUGUGGUUCCUCAUGAGAGCGCAGAUUAGGUCGCCUCUAUCGGUCCGCGUUCACACCUUCGAAUGCGUGAUUAGCCAGCUUGUGGUGCUUCCCUCUGUAUUUUUCAAUCGCUCCGUUCACAAUGUUUUCCAUUUGACGAUAGAACUGCUGACUUAACAAUCCUGUUCGUUCCCCGUGAUCCAGACAGGCUCUCUGCGAUUCAGUGGACUCUCAGCGGAAUUCGUGUGUUUCCCCGACCACGUUUUCCCCGUGUCUAAAGUCUUUCGGUCUGUGGCCACUAACACCUGUUCCUUCUGAGCUUACGUCGGCGGGAAAGGAGUCGGUUCUACCCCCUAGCGUGUGAAUGUUCAGUCGUGGUAGCAACUCGCCUGUCUUCCCUGUCAGUGGUCUAUGAUUUUUAUGUUCUUGGUUCCGUCUUAGUAAGAAGCACUUUUGUGCUGCCAAUGAAUUCCGGAUUGUCAUCCGCGUUCCGUAGAGCUUCGAAAGACAAAGAAUCUCCUGAAUCAGCUGCCAGGGGUCGUGUGAAUUCCCAAAGGCUUGCGGUGCGCUGUUGCCCGACGCGACCACGCGCCUGCCGUGGCCUUUUCAGUCUCUCGGGUGUACAUCCAGCGGAGGCAGGGUGGCGAGGACGCGGGCUUCAACGGCUGACAGCAACUCGCAACUUGUGGCCGCGCUCGUAUGUGUUGUGGGGAUAGAAGAAAGUCUACCGAAAAUCGUUCCAAACAGGUGGCCGGGAUCAGGAAUGACCAGUUGAAGUGGCUUCAGGAGUUCCCCUUUUUUUAAAGAAUGCUUCGUCAAAAUCGGAGCAAGGUCGCGCCCACGAAGGCCGACUGGGCGGGGGCAGAGCCACGUCCAGGAAGUAGCUCCGAUAACGAAGGCGUGGGGUCUUCUCGAAGGAACUCUUCCUUUGUCUCGAUUCCUGUUCAGAGAGACGAACGCAAGACAAGCGCAGCACUCGCUGUGUCCACGCGGACGCCUGCAGAUGAUGCAGACGAGAACGGAGAGAGACGCCGAGUGUGUCUGUGCACGAACCGAGCGAUCACGGAUUUUAUGCAGCAGCGCAUGCAUGCGUGGCAGCCGCUUCUGUCUCCAGAGCGUACUGUGGGAAUUUUCGGACUUGCUGCCAUUAUUUUGCUGGCUCUGGGGGUCCUUAUUCUCGUCACCUCGAACCAUAUCCUCGAAUGUAAAGUUGACUACACCGACGACGUUGGUGUCAGAGACAUCAUCGAGAUUGACUCGAGGCACUGCACCGACACGCAAGUCACGGAACUGACGGGGUCGCUUUAUUUCUUCUACGAGUUAACUAACUACUACCAAAAUCACCGGCGAUACCUGAAAUCGCGGUCGGAUUCGCAGCUUCAGGGCAAAGUGUACACGUCGGCCAGCGAGGUGAAAACCGCAUGCGAUCCUCGCUACCGGGCAAGCGAUGGGCGAGUCCUCGAUCCUUGCGGCUUGAACGCUCUCUCGGUGUUCACGGAUUCUUUCGAACUUCUGCGGAAAACGGCGGACGGCAAGUUCCAGGUCAUUCCGAUGGACGAGACGCGAGACACAAUUUGCUGGCAUUUCGACCUCGACUCCAGGUUCAAAAACCCCUCCAAAGAGGAGCGAGAAAAGCACGCGUCCUCUGUCGACUUCUGGCUCUUCGAACCUGAAAUGCGGAAGGCCCUACACAUGGACGUACCCGGAGUGGGUGAAGGCGUGGAAAACAGCCACUUUAUUGUGUGGAUGAGAGAAGCCGCCUUACCGAAUUUCCGGAAAGUCUACGGGAAAGUGGAAGUGACCCCACUGAAGCUACCCAUCUACGUGAACAUCGCCGGAGAUACGUACGAUGUCAAGUCCUUCGGCGGGAGAAAGUACGUCGUCAUCUCCCAGGCUUCUUGGCUCGGAGGCCGAAAUGCGUUUCUAGGGAUCUUCUACAUCGUCGUUGGAUCUGUCUGUCUCGCCGUCUGCCUGAUCCUGUGGUAUGCCCAAGUGCAGAACCCGCGGCGUAUGGGAGACAUUUUGUGGCUGCGAAAAGCUCUUUACGCGGGCAGUUAGUGGGGGAAAUGCAGGUAACAGGGAGCGCGAAAAUGUUUUGAUCAAACGCGUGAAUAUGCUCGAGCAUUUGUUUUUUUAAAAAAUGGAAGACUUCCCGUCUCGUCAGUGCGCAGUGGAAAAAGAUGGAGAAAAAGAGACAAGUGAAGCUAGAGAGGGGAAAGGGAAGGCGGCAGAACAAGUCGAACUUUUUUUCGUGAACAGGCAUGCGCAGAUGGGCACGACGUUCUCGUACGCAAGCUCACCAGGCAUGUAUGCGCGAUGCACGGCGACCAAAGAGUGUUGGAUCUGCCGUAAUGACUUAGAUGCAGACGAUAACCCGUCCCUCAAUUGGUUCGUGAGAUACCGUGGAUUCGCGGGGAAUUCCAGUGGAUCAUUUGAACGCAAGCCGGUGCCUUUUCAUUAAUGACCGAUUUCUGUUUUCUACUGUGCUAAAAAUGUGUCUACGUGAAGCAAAAACAUGGAUGGUAUGUUGUUGAGACGCCCGAAUACGGACUCCCAAAAGGACAAUGAAGCUGCUCCUUGCCGUAGGCAAAACGUGGCAGAAAUGUGUGUUCACCUUAAACGCCGUGAAAGCGCGGGUCGAUCUGUUCCUAUGUUCAUCCUACCAUCUGUCGAUGCACCGAUUCAUUCGUGAAUCAUUGCCUAGCCCAGAGUUUCCGGUGUAGAACAUUCAUUUUGUUUUUGAUUGGCGUCUCAACCACGCCUUCCACUUUACGAGAGCUGUCUACUAUGCACCCCGUUUCGGUUCUCGCUGCAUUGUGAGGAAGAAGGAUGCCAAGGGCCUAUCGAAACAUCCCAAGGGCCGUGUGUUCGACUCUGCAUAGCUAACCUGUCUUGCAUUCUCGUUUUGUAGUAUGCGGGCGAGUUGAGCCGGAAGUUCCCGAUAAUUCACAUUCUUAGGUUCUAUCACACCUUCUCUGGACACCGGCAAGCUUUGCCACAGUUUGUGAAGAGAGGCUAUGUUCAUCGGCAAAGGCGUAGAACAUAGUCUCGUGUUUGUCGGCUAAGGCCUUAGACAGAAAUGCAACUUCCGACGUCAACUGUGGGGAACAACGUGCCCGUUCAAAAAGGUGCUGUGUGAUACGAUGCGCUAGUGGCAUCUUGUUGUGAGAGUUCUUGCGCGGAAAAACCUCGUGGCAAAAUUUUCGAUGUCACCAGAGUCAGGUGUCAUAUGCCCCACGUGGUACAGGGCUAGUGGAUUUUACCGCGAUGUGUACUUCUUGUGUGCAUUUAGACCCCGAAUACAGUCACUUUUUAGGCGAGACCGCGCUCUGCUUUCCCGACUUGGCCAUGUUGCUAGUUAGGAAUAUCUGCACGUUCGCGACUUCUGUAGUCGGCGGCGUCCUG